AUGCCGCGUCCCCGACGGCCAGGUGCUCCUGAGCCUAAACGGAGAUCUCGUAAAGGAUGCUGGCCGUGUAAGGCGCGUAAAAUAAAAUGUGGGGAAGAGAAGCCGUUCUGUCUGAAUUGUCGGCGUCAAAAUGAACAGUGCGACUAUAGUAUUCGCCUGAAUUGGGGAGGGAGAACGAGGAGAAGAUCUUCGGUGGAUUCCCCCGGCUCCCAAUCCAGUGGCCAGUCUGCACCGUUUUCCUUCGCUCUGUCGCCGCCAGAUACACAACUGGACUCCGUCGACGCCGCUCAGCUGUCCGAUUCCCCCGGUGCUUUGGAAGGAAGCAAUGGACAAGGUCAGAAUACAGAGAACUUGUUCUGGGAAUCGGGAUUCGCAAAGGAAAUGCCGAGGGAAUCUUCUUAUCCUAGAGGGCUACAUGAUAUUCAAGAAUACCCGGCUGUUCCUGACAAGACUUUUAAAACUCCCCACUGUACACAUGACAAGACUUCAGUAGAAAUGAGCCCAUUGUCCAGCGAAGCAGUCCCCGACUACUCGUCAUCUAUGCCACAGUCCCUAGACAACGUUCCUUACCCGUCACCGACGGACACUGGCUCAAGCAUUGGUUCUUUUGCUACCCUUUGCUUCUCACCCGCAGCGAUAUCGCAACCAAUUUCCUUUCUUCGAGAACCGACAGGCGUCUCCAAACAGCUUGUUCGCCAUUCUCUGUCGGAUGGUGGGGAAUUAUCCAGCCACCAUGAUGUUUGUGCGCAGUCUUCAUCCACUAUCGAUACGGCAGACAGCUAUGCCAGUUACAGUACCCAAAGCCCGUCGAAUCUCCUUGAGGUUUUCAGCCCCUAUCUAGGCAAACAGCGGAUCUUUCCGCCGUCCGGCGUAGAGGGUAAUCUCGCAGACCACCCGAUUACUUCAACAGAAGACUUCCUCUCUAAGAUCAUGAACGAUCCUCUCCAAGCCUCGGACAAUUCCUCCUAUGACCAUGUUGGAGAAGACACCUCUCCCUAUCUUGAAUACGCCUGUGUUCACAUGAAGCCCAAUGAGCCCAAUUGCCCCACUUCUUCUCAAAGAAAAUGGCACACCUACCUUACCAGUGUUACAGAUAACUAUGGUCUAGAUUGUGGUCGCCCAGACUGGGACUUAAAUCAGAAUGACGAUCACUCUGCUAUUGACAUCAAUUAUGCGCUGGAUCUGAUUCACCCUGAAGGGGCAUGUCUUCCUGCCUCCAAUUUAAGCGGAUCACAAGAAAAGGACGUGAAACAGAAUAGUUUGGAUUGCACCAGUUGUGCUUACUAUAAAUUCCCUGUGCCUAUAAACAUCCCGCGGUAUCUGUCACCAUUGCCGUCGACUCUAGUUCAGAAUCCCAUUAACCUGAUGUAUUUCCACCACUUUCUCAACCACACAGCUAGAAUGCUGUUUCCGCACGACUGUGGGAAAAACCCUUUUGUGUCGGUGCUGCCAAGUAUGGCGAUUGGGGACUCCAAUCUUUUGAACCUAAUGCUAGCAUACUCCGCCAGUCAUCGUGCCAGAUAUUUGGAACACCCUGAACCUGCCAAUCGAAUUGCCCACUGGGUUAGCAGCGUCUUUCCAACCUUGCGUUUGGCACUGGAAGAUCCGGACAAGAAAGUAACUGACAAUCAUCUUGCGGCGGCCAUUAUGCUGCUCUCCCUAAAGAUUGUUUCACCCAGCACUUUCGAAGUGCCCAUCCCCUGGCAAAGCCAUCUUAAGUUGGCUCGUGACCUCUUCCUAGCACGUCGAGACCAGAUGACAUACUCUGGAAACCGUGUUGGCGCAUUUCUUAUACGCUGGCUAGGGUAUCUGGACAUCAUGGGGACUUUGUCGUGCCGACACAGUGAACCUCCAUUACUUGAAUAUCAUUAUUCGCUGAACACAUGCUGCAUGGGGGAUGACUACGACGAAUUCUGUGUCGACUGCUUUACAGGAUUUACGCCUCGCACCGGUUUGUUUCUAACACGACUUGGAAAAUUGGUGCACCGAUGUGACAACGAACAAUUUGAUGAGACGGGCGCUUUUGUUCCCGGGUGGGCACCCUCAGCAGACAUCAUCUUUGAGGCAGAGACAUUGCUUGCAGACCUUGAUGUCCUUCACAUGCAUGUACAUGCGAACGGGAAACAUUUUCGCAACUCAAUGUCUAUGGAUAUCAUUGCGAUGGAUCAGGCCUUCCGCUACGCAGGGCUGGUACACCUCCAUCGCCGAGUGCUCAGGACAUCCCCAUUUUCAACGUUGGUUAAGAGGGCCAUGGACGAACUAUGGAGAGCAUUGGUUCUAAUCCGAUCAGGAUCGUCCGCGGAGGUCGGAGCCCUGUUUCCGCUGUUUACGGCAGGAUGUGAGUCUCAAGAUUUGGAGCAAAGGGUGGAGGCGCAGACGCACUUUGAGGUUUUGGAACGUACAGGCUUGAAACAGAUCCAAAAUGCACGCACACUAAUGCAGCGAUGUUGGACUGAAAACUUGCCAUGGAUUGCCUUAGCCCAGGGAGAGUUUUUGGGGUAG